GCAUUAAUAAAAACGACUGGAUCAUAUGUGGUUUGGUUGUAGAUUUGCUUUUUGUGUGGAUUCACAUGUUUGCCGGUAAAAACAAAUCGCAACUUGUUAUUUAUUCAACUUGAUUGAACCGUAUUCAACCGGGCAGCCCCGUGAGUUAAAACAAGCGCAGCUAACGUGGAGGUUGUUUUGUGUUGGUUUUGUCACAGACGUGUUUGCACUUGUGCGGUGAACACGCGGUUCUUUCAUCGGGUUUGUGUUGUUAUUCAGUAUUUUACAGGACGUUCAGCUCACACACACGUGUCCUCUUGUGCUGUCGCUAAGGAAACACCGCUGUCUGACCCCCACCUCGCCUCUGACCUUUCAGCCGGGAGCUAACGUUAGCUUAGCGCCAACCGGUUAGCCUAGCUGACCGUGUCCCAGACAAUCCCAGCAGCGUUUCUCCUCCUGUGCGUCUGUCGCGUUCACUAUGGAAGAUGAUGUCUUCACCGACAUCAGUGGGAAGACCAUUUCUCUGGACUGUCAGAGCCACUCCAGCUUCUGCAGGGAGUUCACCGUCAGCUCCCCCAAAGUGUCCAUCGGGAAGGUGCUGGUGUACACCUGCUCCGUGUGGCUGGUCGCAUACAUCGUGUUCUUCUUCACAGAGAACACUGCUGUGCUGUCCAGUGCGAUCAUCAUCACCCUGGUGGGUAUGAUGCUUCACAUCCACUUAGUGAAGGUGGACCACGAGUCCCUGCUCGUCAUCGGGUCCUUGGGGAUUCAGGUAACCUCCAACUAUGCCUCGGGCCGCGAAACCACCACUUUCAUCGAGAAGAGCAAGAUCAAGGAUAUCGUCAUCAAUGAAGCAAUUUACAUGCAUCAAAUCAUCUACUACCUUUGUGUGCUGUUGAAGGACCCGUCAGAACCUAAUGCAGUGUCCAGCGUUGUGCCUUUGUUUCAGAGUUCGAAGCCUCGACUGAACUGCUUGGUGAAGGUUUACAGAAGCUGCCAAGAAAUUCUUUCCAAAUGCUGAUGACACCCAAGUUGUACAACAGCAGAGUUUCUGGCUGCACAACAUACUUUUAAUGUUUCUUCACUCUAGUCAUUUUAUUUUCAGUGGACGAAAGCAGAAAGUGUGAGCAUAAUUUAGUUUCUAGGUAUAUAUUAAUUUAAUUUGAUGUACAGUGUAAUUUUUCUAUGUAUUUUCUCCUUUUUUUGUCUUAACCUUUUUGUAUUGUACUUAAAUGUGUAGUUACUUGAAUAACUUGUGUACAAAUAGCACUAGUCUAACUUAACCUAAUGAGCCAAACUUUUUAACUACACUGUAUUAAAAGAAAUUGUAUUUAACAAUUGUCCUUUGUCAUACCAUUGUCAUACUGUAUAUUUUGAUAAAAAUCUAUUUGAAUAAUCCAUCCAA